AUGAUUCGAACUUCGACAUUAAUGCGGUUGAGUUCCUGGCAACAAAAUGUACUAGGGUGCUUUGUACGGUACUAUUCCAAGGGUUCUAAGCGAAGUUCUUUUUCGAAGAAAGGGCUAAAAUUAGCUUCUGCAGUGGGAUCAUCAAAGAAGAAAGGCUCAAAAUCAACGGUAUUCAAUUAUGGGAACUUUAGUGGAUUGAAAGAAAAUGAAGCUGCUAAUUCUGAAAGUGCUGCCAGAUUAAUUUCAAAAAUUACAGAAUUUGAGCAUUUGAAGCUUUUACCGCAGGUCAGACAGGCCGUUAAGCAAUUGAUCUUCCAGGAAUCCCUGGUCAAAGGUGAGGAUUUGAAUAGCAUAAGGCCGUCUCCAAUUCAAGUAAUUUCUGUUAAAAAAUUGUCAUCUUCUUUGAUGGAUCCGAAAUUACAAACACAUGCGAUUGCUGCAGAGACAGGUUCUGGUAAAACCAUAGCAUAUUUUGCUCCAAUGCUGGAUUAUUUGAAGAGACAAGAAGAGGAGGACCCAGAACGUUGGAAACGUUUUCAAGAGAAGGCAAUUAUUCGAUCAGUCAUCUUGGUUCCUACGCAUGAAUUAGUAGAUCAAGUUUAUAAUACUAUCUCAAAAGCGGAGGAAUCAUUGGGCAUGCACACUUUCAGAUGGCGUAGUGGGAUGCCACAUGUAGAAUUUUUGGAAGCCGUCAAAAAUAGAAUAGAUAUAUUGGUGACGACUCCUGCCAAAUUACUUUCUCUAUUUCACAUCAAUAUGAUCAGUAGACCUGAUAGAAUAUUGUCUCAAGUGAAAUUCGUUGCUCUAGACGAAGCAGAUACUUUAUUGGAUCAAUCAUGGGUUGAAGACACCUAUGCGGCCAUUAGAAAAUUACCAAAUGCCAACCAUGUAGUUUUUUGUUCCGCUACGAUUCCCAACGAGUUUAAUAAGACCCUACAACGUUUAUUUCCCACCGUCGUACCUAUAACGACCCCCAGAUUACACAAGUUACCCAACUCUCUUGAUUUCAAAGUAAUUGAUGCAGCUGUUAGCCCUUAUAAGAAUUCAAAAGUUAGAGCUUUGGCUCAGAUACUUUACGCGAUCACUAACGAUGGUACUGAACCAAAUCUCGACAAGAGGUGUAUUGUAUUUGUCAAUGAAAAGAGAGAUGUCCCCAUAUUAGUGGAAAAAUUAACCCAAAAUUAUGGUCACACAUGUGUUGGGUUGAGCGGUGACGAUAGUGUAGAGGAACGGUCUAAAAAGAUUCAAGCUUUUAUUCAACCUCCCAAACCACUAACCGCUGAAGAGCCAAAAACAGAUACACAGGAAUCUACGAAAAGCUUUCAAAUACCGGAUUCCAAUAUUACAAUACCCUCUAGGAUUAAAAGCCAGGGUGCACUUUCUCAAAAGCUCAAAGUACUUAUCACUACGGAUCUUAUGGCGAGAGGACUUAACUUUCAAGCUCUUCGUAACGUGAUUCUCUUUGAUGUCCCUAAAACUUCUAUUGAUCUAGUGCAUAGGGUGGGGAGAACAGGUAGGAUGCGUCAAGGUGGUAGAGUAUUUAUGAUUGUUGAUAAAUCUACAAAAUCUUGGGCCAAAGCGGUACCAAAAGUUGCAAGAAAGAACAUGGCGUUGGUAUGA